AUCAUCAUUUUCUGAAAAAGAUUGUAUUUUUUAUUAUUAUAUUCCGGGUUUGGCUCACUCACUCCCUCAGCUGAGCUUGUGGCGUGUGCAUCUGCUUGUGUUAUUCUCGAAAUAUAUCCUUUUGAAGGGUCUCUCUCUGUUUGUGUGUUUCUUUGCGUGCAGUUUUCUGGUGGGUAAAGUUAAACUCUUUCUUUCUCUCUCUAUCUCUAGCUCCCUUGGUGCAAGUUCUUUAGGUUUCUUAAUUUCUCGCUUUGCUGCUUCGUGGGUGGAAGUUAGGUGAAGAAGGGUUGUUGUUGGUUUGUGGUGGUGCAAGAGGACCGACAUGGCGAACUCGGCGGAGAAGAAGGAAGAGACGAAUACUCCAAUCAAGGGCGACGAGGGUUUCUCGGUCGAGCUCCCUGCUCCUUCCGGCUGGAAGAAGAUGUUUUCCCCCAGUAAGAAGAAGAGUGAGAUCACAUUCAUCUCCCCAACUGGAGAGGAAAUCACUGGUAGAAGACAGUUAGAACAGUACCUCAAGGCACAUCCUGGUGGCCCAGCCGCAUCCGACUUUGACUGGGGCACUGGUGAGACCCCAAGGCGGUCGGCUAGGAUCAGUGAGAAGGUGAAGGCUACUCCAUCUCCACAAAAGGAGCCCCCAAAGAAGCGUGGCAAGAAAUCCACAUCAGCUGCCAAAAAAGAGAACAAAGAAACAGGAACUGGCGAUGAAGCAACUCAGGAGGCCAAAGAUGCCACUAUGGAGGAAGCUGAAAAAACUGGGAAGGAUGAUGCCGAGGCAGAAAACAUAGAGAAUGCUGUGAAAGUCAACCAGGAUGAUGGUGAAGAAAAAGCACAAGAUCCCGAUGUAAAGAUGGAUGCAGCUGAUGGAGCUCCAUCCCAGAAGGAAGCUGACGAGGCUGAAGGUCAGCAGAAGGGGAGCUCUGAUGCUGUGGCUGAGAAUGAAAGUGAAAAGAAGGCUGAAGGUCAGCAGAAGGGGAGCUCUGAUGCUGUGGCUGAGAAUGAAAGUGAAAAGAAGGCUGAAGGUCAGCAUAAGGGGAGCUCUGAUGCUGUGGCUGAGAAUGAAAGUGAAAAGAAGACCGAGGCUGAGGCUGAGGCUGAGAAGACUCAGGAAAAGGAAGAGCAACCACAAGCUGAGGCAGCAGCCACUAAUGCAGAGGAGAAGAAGGCUGAAGCUGAAGAGGAGGAGAAACAUGAGCAAACCAACGAAAGCGAACCAGCAUCUGAAGGAGAGUCCAACAAGGACAAAGAGGAAGCAGCAAAUGGGAGUGCCAAGAAACCAGAUGAGACAACCACCAUUCAGCCAACUGAGAAAGUUGAAGGAGCAUCAGUUGAGAAUGGCAGCCAUGCUGCUACUGCAACAGUUACCGCUACCUGAUGAUGAAAUUCCUUGUUCGGUGACUUUCAUUUUGUUGUUGAUCUUUUGUUAAUGUCGCCACCCCUUUCUUUUCCCUCUGAUCAUUUUAGGCCUGUGAGUAUUUUGGAUGACUGUAGUAGCUGUAAUGUUGUAAGGAGUUAGCAUCAUCGAGCUCUCUGAUUGUUCAUUCAGACAGUGGUAUGAUAUAACUACAGAUUAGGUGUGCAUUGUAGCAAAGCUCCUGAGCGAGAGUCAAGUAGAAAGAAAGACACCGACACAACUUGUUAGCUUUUAGUAAGUAAGAAUUGUAACAGUUGUAUGCUGUCGGAUUACUGCCAUGUAAUGCAGUCAUGGGAAUAAGCUCUGUACUAGAGAUUCAAUGCUUGG